AUGACUUUUAAACAAAAAUAUCCCAGUUACAAAAAACUUGCGUCUUAUUUGAAGCGAGAUAAAAAAUCUUUUUUGGGCUUCCUACUUUGCUAUCAAGACACAAUUGUUGCCACCACUUCAGCUACUUCUCGCAGACAGGAUCUUGAAUAUACCUGGAUUAGGGUAACUUCUAGUGGUCUUCGGCAAGCUAGGAGAAUUACCAGGUAUAACAAGUUAGUAACUACUCCAGGUUCUCUAUUUGGGCACUAUAACUUUGUCAUUGAUAAAGAUCUGCUGAUUUUGGAAAAAGAAUCAAUUAUGUGUCUUCUUUUGGGCAUGCCUUUUAUUAUCUGA